CCAACUCCACCACCAAAAAUGACUUUUUAGCAAAUUAUUUUUGUGUACAUAAAAGCUGCACCACUCUUAAAUUAUUUUUUGAUUACAGAAAUCAAAUUCCAAAGUUCCAUGCUGUAUAACUCAUAACAUAUAAAUCAAACCAACAAAUUCUUAAAUUAAUUAUAUAAAGUUAAUGUGAGAACUGAAAAACAAUAGAGAAAAAUACAGACCCAACUGAUAUCAUUCAGUUAUACGUUUUGAUCACUUACUAUGUGCCAGGUACUAUUACAAGCACCAGGAAUAUUAUCAUAUACAACACAAACCAAAAAAAAAAAUCCCUGCCGUCAUGAGGCUUCUAUUUCCACAAGAAGACUUGGGGAACAGGCAACAAAUUUUAGAUAUACAAAUCCUAAAGAAUGUACAGGGAACAAAUUAUAAGAGUAAAUUAAAUUACUAGAUUAGCCUCAUGUUAAUUUAAAGACAACUCAACACUUGGAAAGUUAUUAUUAUUAUACAUAAAAUACUCUAGUAAGAAAGGAUAAAGCCACAUGAGGACCCCAGUACCAAAACAUUGUUAAAAUUGAAUGCAUAACUCUUGUAAGAUAAAACAAAAUCUUAAACAGGAAAUAAGAUUAUUUUUCUUUAUAUGACAGAUAACAUCUACUCCAAAACAGUAGAUGCUUCUAUACUUAAUAAAGACACUGAGGUUAAAAUGAGAUAAAAUGCCAAUUAAUUUCAGUCCUAUGAAGUAAAACAUAAAAUGGAAACAAAAAGAAUAAACAUUGCAAAAUUAUACAUUAAUUAUUCAUUGCACACCAAUAUUUACUCUAGAUAAUCUCCACGAAGGCAGGAAUUUAUUUUAUCUUGCCCAAGAUUUUAUCUCCAGAGUCAAAUAUGAUAUAUAACCCUGAGAAGUAUUCAAUAAACACAGUUGUAAAUUUAAUUAAUUAAAGAGAUAAGAGCCGUACAGUUACUUCCAGAGCUUCAGGGCCGGGGCUCACACCUGAGCACUACAGCAGAGGGGAUGCACCUGGCCCUACCGGCUGAGAAGAAAGCCAAGGUCAUUGCAGUAAUGGAUGCCGUGAAAGAAAACCAGGGCUCCCGGGAGUCUCAGAAGGUGGAGGAGUCCAACCCUCCUGCUGUGCAGCAGCCCACUGACCCUGCAUCCCCCACUGUGGCCACCACACUGGAGCCCUUGGGGGCCAAUGCUGGGGACAAGAAUGCCACCAAAGCAGGCGAUGAUGAGCCGGAGUGUGAGGACGGCCUGGGCUUUGGCAUUGGGAAGCUGGUGUGGGGAAAACUGCAGGGCUUCUCCUGGUGCUGCCGCAUUGUGUCUUGGUGGAUGACGGGACGGAGCCCAGCAGCUGAAGACACCCGCUGGGUCAUGUGGUUCGGAGACGACAAGUUUUCAGUGGUGUGUGUUGAGAAGCUGAUGCCGCUGAGCUCAUUUUGCAGUGCGUUCCACCAGGCCACGUACAACAAGCAGCCCAUGUACAGCAAAGCCAUCUUUGAGGUCCUGCAGGUGGCCACCAGCCAUGAGGAGAAGCUGUUCCCAGUGUGCCACGACAGCAACAAGAGUGACACUACCAAGGCCAUGGAGGUGCAGAACAAGCAGAUGACUGAAUGGGCUCUGGGGAGCUUCCAGCCCUCUGGUCCCAAGGGCCUGGAGCCACCAGAAGAGGAAAAGAAGCCCUACAGAGAAGUGUAUAUGCACAUGUGGGUGGAACCUGAGGCAGCUGCCUACGCACCACCUCCACCAACCAAAAAGCCCUGGGAGAGCACAACGGAGAAGCCCAAGGUCAGAGAGAUCAUCGAUGAGCACACAAGAGAGCGGCUGGUGUACGAGGUGUGGCAGAAGUUCUGGAACAUCGAGGACAUCUGCAUCUCCUGUGGGAGCCUCAACAUCACCCUGAAACACCCCCUCUUCAUUGGAGGAAUGUGUCAAAACUGCAAGAACUGCUUUCUGGAGUGUGCAUACCGGUACAACGAUGAUGGCUAUCAGUCCUACUGCACCAUCUGCUCUGGGGGCCGAGAGGUGCUCAUGUGCGGGAACAACUGCUGCAGGUGCUUUUGUGGGGAAUGUGUGGACCUCUUGGUGGCUGGGGCUGCCCAGGCAGCCAUUAAGGAAGACCCCUGGAACUGCUACAUGUGUGGGCACAAGGGCACCUACGGGCUGCUGCAGCAGUGAGACGACUGGCCCUCCCAGCUCCAGAUGUUCUUUGCCAAUAACCACGACCAGGUAUUUAACCCUCCAAAGGUUUACCCACCUUUCCCAGCUGAGAAGAGGAAGCCCAUCUCAGUGCUGUCUCUCUUUGAUGGAAUUGCUACAGGGCUUCUGGUGCUGAAGGACUUGGGCAUUCAGGUGGACCGCUACAUUGCCUCUGAGGUGUGUGAGGGCUCCAUCACAAUGGGCAUGGUGCGGCACCAGGGGAAGAUCAUGUACGUCGGGGAUGUCCGCAGCGUCACACAGAAGCAUAUCCAGGAGUGGGGCCCAUUCGAUCUUGUGAUUGGGGGCAGUCCCUGCAAUGACCUCUCCAUUGUCAACCCUGUUCGCCAGGGCCUCUAUGAGGACACUGGCCUGCUCUUCUUUGAGUUCUACCACCUAUUGCGUGGCAUGCGGCCCAAGGAGGGAGAUGAUCGCCCCUUCUUCUGGCUCUUUGAGAAUGUGGUGGCCAUGGGCGUUAGUGACAAGAGGGACAUAUUGCGAUUUCUUGAGUCCAUCCCUGUGAUGAUUGAUUCCAAAGAAGUGUCAGCUGCACACAGGGCCCGCUACUUCUGGGGUAACCUUCCCGGUAUGAACAGGCUGUUGACAUCCACUGUGAAUGAUAAGCUGGAGCUGCAGGAGUGUCUGGAGCAUGGAAGGAUAGCCAAGUUCAGCAAACUGAGGACCAUUACUACAAGGUCAAACUCCAUAAAGCAAGGCAAAUACCAGCAAUUCACCGUCUUCAUGAAUGAGGAAGAGGACAUCCUAUGGUGCACUGAAAUGGAAAGGGUAUUUAAUUUGCCUGUCCACUAUACUGAAGUCUCCAACAUGAGCCACUUGGUGAGGCAGAGACUGCUGGGCCGGUCGUGGAGUGUGCCAGUCAACGGCCACCUCUUCACUCCGUUGAAGGAGUAUUUUGCGUGUGUGCGAGGGACAUGGGGGCAAACUGAGGUAGCAAUACAAAGUUAAACAAACAAAAAAACACAAAACAUAAUAAAACACAAAGAACGUGAGGAUGGAGAGAAGUAACAGCACCCAGAAGAGAAAAAGGAAUUUAAAACAAAGACCACAGAGGUGGAAAUACCGGAGGGCUUUGCCUUGCGAAAAGGGAUGGACAUCAUCUCCUGAUUUUUCAAUGUUAUUCUUCAGUCCUAUUUAAAAACAAAACCAAGCUCCCUUCCCUUCCUCCCCUUCCCCCUCCCUUUUUUCUUUUUUUCCCGGUCAGACCUUUUGUUUUCCACUGUUUUCAGAGGGGUUUUCUGUUUGUUUGGGUUUUGUUUCUUGCUGUGACUGAAACAAGGUUAUUUCAGCAAAAACCAGUAACAGAAAACAGUAACAAUACCUUGCAGAAGAAAGGUGGGAGAGAGGAAAAAAGGAAAUCUAUAGAAAUCUGUAUACUGGGUUUUUGUUUGUUUGUUUUUUUACUGUAUAUCUUUUUUUGUCUCUAGCCUGAUCAAAUAGGAGCACAAGCAGGGGAUGGACAGAGACAUUCAGGUGGCCCCAUUCCCUCCCUGCCACUGAGCUGUCAUGCCCACACCAUUCCUGGUCACGGAAAACAGAACCCAGUUAGCAGUAGGGAGACAAGAACACCACACAAGACACUUUUCUACAGUAUUUCAGGUGCCUACCACACAGGAAACCUUGAAGAAAAUCAGUUUCUAGAAGCCACUGUUACCUCUUGUUUACAGUAUAUAUAUGAUAGAUAUGAGAUAUAUAAUAUAAAAGGUACUGUUAACUACUGUACAACCUGACUUCACAAUGGUGCUUUCAAACAGUGAGAUGAGUAAAAACAUCAGCUUCCACGUGAAAAAAAAAAGAAAAGUAUAACUCCCACAAGAGAAAGUAAGUGUUGUGACUACCUUAAUCAUAUCCAAUUUUAAAGAAUAAUUUUUUCAAGAUGAUCUUAGCAAUUGUACUUAUUUAUUUUUUGUCAACUUAAAUUUUCCCACUAAAAUAAUAAAAUAAAAUGAAAGGAAAAUUUUUAUUUAAAAUUAUGUUCUAGGAUGGCGCAGUGGCUCAUGCUUGUAAUCCCAGCACUUUGAGAGGCCAAGGUGAUAAACCCUGUCUCUACUAAAAAUAUAAAAAUUAGUGAGGCAUGGUGGUGCAGGCUUGUAAUCCCAGCUACUCAAGAG